GUGACUUGAGUCAAGAAAAGAUAAACAUUAACAACAUUCAGACUGCAGUCACCACAGACUUGCCUUGACUCAUGACUGCACUGAAGUUGAAAGUGAAAAACUGGUGUGUCACUUUAGUGGUCUGAGUCAGUCUUAUACCCUUAUUCUCACAAUAUUCUGGUUCACCACCAUAACCAGGAGUCAAGUGAGUGGCGGCCUGUCAAAAGAAGAAGGAAAGAAUAAUCUAACAAAAAGUGAUCUCAUAAAGUGAUACAUAAAUAAAGCAUACAAAUUCCAACAUGUCUGGUCGAAAUGAAAAAGAUAUUAACACAUCUGAUCCAGGGGGGCAGUACUCUAAACUAGUUGGCUUUGUGUACAUUUUUAACUUGAUUGUGGGAACUGGUGCUUUGACAAUGCCAGCUGCAUUCAAAGAGGCAGGCUGGAUACUGAGCUUGGUAGCUGUUGUAGUGUUAGCGUUUAUGAGUUACAUGACAUUGACCUUCAUGAUUGAGGCAAUGGCUAUUUCAAAUGCUAAACUGCGAUUUCAGGAAUUUGUUACAAAAGGAAGUUUGAGAAAAGACUCAUUAGAUUCAUCACUCAACACAGGCGAGAGACAACCUCUGUUGAAUUCAGAGGAGAGACGAUCGCCAUUGAUGUAUAAGCCUCGCGCAAGCUACUCAGAAAUUCAUCCCAGUUUUGAAAUUACUGAAAGGGUUGAGAUGGGAACUAUGGCAGCCAUGUACUUUAACAGGGUGGGGCUGCUAUUUUUUCACUUGUGUAUUAUCAUCUAUCUGUAUGGAGACUUGGCUAUCUAUGCUGCAGCUGUACCUAAAACCAUACGGGAUAUAGCCUGCACAUACAAGAACAGCUCAUCUGUAAACAGUACAGACAUAAACACAAACAAAAGCUUGUCAGACAAGGAUCCAUGCUGGCCAACUAAUUCCUUAAACAGGAUGGAUGCUUACAGAAUAUUUGUGACUGUAUUUGUUUUGUUACUGGGACCAUUUACAUUUUUCAAUGUUCAGAAGACCAAGUAUCUCCAGUUCUUGACAUCAUUAGCUCGCUGGCUAGCCUUCCUACUUAUGAUCAUCCUAACAUCAAUCAGAUUAGGGAAAGGUGAAGGUUUAGGUAAACCUGAGGUUGCCAAUGUGUCCGGGGUCCCUAACCUGUUUGGUGUGUGCGUGUACAGCUUCAUGUGCCACCACUCUCUGCCAUCACUAGUGACUCCCAUCAAGAACAAGUCCAGACUGCUGCAGCUAGUGGCCGGAGAUUAUCUCCUUAUUUUACUAUUCUACCUGCUGCUCAGCUUUACUGCUGUCUUUGCUAUUGACAAGAUAGAAGAUCUGUACAGCCUCAACUUUAAACCUGGCACUGCUAAUGCUUUGACAGACAUUGUGCCCAUCCAGUAUUUUCUAGCUUUAUUCCCUGUCUUUACCUUGUCCACAAGCUUUCCUAUCAUUGCUAUUACUCUGCGUAAUAAUUUGAAUGCAAUGCUGACGAGUCAGUUUCGUACUCUGCCUUGGUAUGUACCUAGACUAGUUUGCCCUCUGCUAGCAAUCAUCCCACCAUUCAUUGUUGCCAUUUCUACCAACCAAGUUGAAUUUUUAGUUGGAAUUACAGGUUCCUAUGCUGGAGCAGGCAUCCAGUAUAUCAUACCAGCUGUGCUUGUUUUGUUAGCUCGUAAAGAGAUUAUUGCUAUAGGUGGGGGAUACAUACAUAGGUCUCCUCUCUCACACAAGGGCUGGGUAAUUUUAACCCUUGUCUGGGCUUGUAUAUGUGUUGCAUUUGUAACUUCAAAUUAUAUCAUUAAAAAUUAGCACUAAUAUUAACAUUAUUUACAAAAUUGUAGUAAUUUAUCACUGUAGUAAGUGUAAUGUAUAUUUUUAAAAAACAUAAUGUAUGUAUAGGGAAUUUUUUUAAAAACAAUAGCCGUUGCAAAAUGUGAUAGGUGCUUCAAUAAAUGUAUUUGUUUUAGGCCCCAUAAUAAUUUUCCAUUUAGUUAUUAAUCUUAUUCAGCUAUUUCUGUUUAUUUAGGUUUUUUUUUAAAAGAUACAGCUAAAUGUUUAUUAACAGGUUCAUACUCAAGUGCACUCUACAUAAUGGCCAGAUUUUGUAUGCAGGGUACACUUUAUCAGGAGUAUACUAUUAACACUUUCAUUAUUCUUAUAUUAAUCUGUGUAUAUAGACAAUGCCACUUAAAAUAAUUCUUGUUAUUUUUAUACUGCUUUCAAUUAACUGUAUAUUUAAAUAUUUGCCCACUGUUGAUGUUGCUUGAUAUGGUAACAAAGUAUUGCCUUCCAUCUAUUUUUUUAAUCAUAUUUUUAUUAGUUUUCAAUAAAAGCUUGUGAAAUUGGGACACCGCUGUUCAAUAUAGUGCCCAUCCAGAUGUUUAGAGUGGUCGUUGUUCAUUUCCUGGAUAACUUUGAGUGUUAUGUAUAUCUGUGUGCAUGGAUCAUCUGUUCUUAAGCUUUAGCUAUUUUCAUAAAAAUGUGAUGAAAACUGUAAAUAAAAUCAAUUUACUAUGUUCA